AUGCGUGCCGAUCCGCAUUGGUCUCCCAUAACUUCCAAUCGGUUGCGGAUUCCGAUGCCGUGUGGAAAAGAUUUACGUCGUCUAACUAUCUCGAGGUCAUAUCUCGCACUACUGACCUUAUCAUACUCACAGCUAACUUCUUUAUCCAAGAAGGAACUUUUUAUUUCCAUCUUUGUAAUAACCUCAUCCUUAUCAACAAUGAGUGGGUUGUUGAUGGUUAGACAUGGAUUUAUAGAGACCCUUUUCGGGGAAUUUGGUUUUGGAGUGGAGAAUUGGAAGAAGAGGUUUUUGUUUGUUUGCAUAGAAAUGGCUGAUGCAGCUGGGUUAAUGGAGGCCGCUGGGGCUAGAUUUGGUUCAUUGGAGUUGAUCGGGAGAGGAUCAUUCGGCGAUGUUUAUAAAGCGUUCGAUAAGGAGCUUAACAAAGAAGUUGCUAUCAAAGUUAUUGAUUUGGAAGAAUCUGAGGAUGAAAUUGAGGACAUUCAAAAGGAAAUUUCUGUUUUGCAACAAUGCCGAUCUCAUUAUAUCACCGAGUAUUAUGGAUCCUAUCUUCACCAGACGAAACUAUGGAUAAUUAUGGAGUUCAUGGCCGGUGGAUCUGUUGCUGACCUAGUAGCUGCAAAUAUUUUGUUGAGCGAGAAUGGUGAUGUUAAGGUUGCAGAUUUUGGCGUUUCUGCACAAUUAACAAGAACAAUAUCUAGGAGAAAGACUUUUGUAGGAACACCAUUCUGGAUGGCUCCGGAGGUGAUUCAGAAUUCAGAAGGAUAUAAUGAGAAGGCUGAUAUUUGGUCUCUCGGGAUAACAGCUAUUGAGAUGGCAAAAGGGGAACCCCCACUUGCUGACCUUCAUCCUAUGAGGGUUCUCUUUAUCAUACCUCGAGAAAAUCCACCACAGCUGGAUGAGCACUUUUCUCGUCCUAUGAAAGAGUUUGUCUCGCUCUGUUUGAAGAAAGUUCCUGCCGAGGCAAGUAGGCCAAGUGCUAAGGAUCUUCUAAAGCACCGGUUUAUUAGAAAUGCUAGAAAGAGCCCGAGGCUUUUGGAAAGAAUAAGAGAGCGCCCGAAGUACCAAAUAAAGGAUGUAGAAACCCCCAGAAAUGGUCCUAAAGGAAUGGGGGAGGGUUCUGAUACUGUAAAGGUGGCAAGAGAUUUAAGGGCCGAUGGAACUGUUCGAGCCAGUGGUCAGGGAAAACCCUUCAAAAAUGCUGGAUGGGACUUCAGCAUUGGUGGAUCACAGAAUACAGGAACUGUUAGAAGUGCUGCAAGACCACCUCAGGUUAGAGAAAAGAAAACAGAUAUUUCAUACAAUAAGGAUAACCAAAGAAGGGCUUCAGAGAGUGGUAAUCAUUUGUUGUCUGCAUCUGGAAAUGCACUUCAGGAAUCACUAGAAUUAUCCUUUGGUAAAGAUGCUAGGGAUCCAUAUCACGAUGAUCAUCAGGAUAAUUCCCAUGAUGAUGAUGAUUUGUCCGUGAGUGGAUCAGGAACUGUUGUCAUACGGACUCCUAAAGGAUCUCAGUCAUCUGCCUUGUUUCGAGAUCAAAGCAAUGCGUCUAGUAGCACAUUUGCUUCUUUUGAAGACGCUUCUACCAGUGGAACAGUUGUUUAUCGUGGCCAACAUGAUGAUUCGGAUUCUCCUCGGACUCCUAAAUCCAGAUUAGGAAUGCAAGAGAGAACUUCAAGUGCAUCACUGGAAGACAGUGCUCUAAAUCUCGCUGAGGCAAGGGCUGCAUUUCAAGGAGGCUUGAGGAAAGGAAAUGCUAGAGAAAGGUUUGUACCAAGCAAGAUUAACAGUGAUGGGCUGGAUAACAGAAGGAGAGAGCAUGGGACAGACAGCUCUGAUAAUUCCAGAAGUUCUCGUGAAUACUUCGAUGCACCAAAAGCUUUUUCAAGAUCACGCCAAGCAAACAACGAUGAAGAAAAUGCAAGAAUAGCAUCAUCUUCAGCACCUUUGUCGGUUUUGCUUAUCCCAUCCUUAAAAGAGGCGGUUGCUGAUGAUUCAGAAGGAUCAGUUGUGCGUGCAGUAACAAAUUCGUUUGUAAAUAUGGAGCGCUUAAACCCUGGAUCUUGUGACAUCUUUAUCAGAAGUUUGCUUCAGCAAUUGGCAAGUUCGGAAGAAUCUUCAAUGAAAGAUCUGCAGGAGCUUGCAACUCGCCUCUUAAGCAAGGGCAAGACAGCCCCUGAAGAAACUAAAAAUGCAAAUACAGAAGCUGAUAACAGGAAAAAGCAACCAACCAAGGAAUUUAAUUCAAAUGCUAAUUUAAGCCCACUUGCGAGGUUUCUGCUCUCGAGUAUCCCCGCUAAUUUUGCGGACAAAGUUCUUUCCUUUCUUGGUGAGGUGAGUGAAGAAGAAGAGAUUCUCGCCAUGGCGUUUCGGGAAGGAGUCCAUUUCUCUGGCAUGGUCGCCAAAGAGAUGAGAAUCGCUAACGAGAACAUUGAGGGUGGUGAAGAGAUCAGGGUUAGAGUUUCUGGGGUUUGUGAUAGAGGAGACCGUACUGUGUUUUGCAAAGUCGUCAUCGUCAUUCUGUCAAUUGAAAGCUAA